CCGGCGCCCCCCCACAAGGAGCUGCUGCAGCGGAGCAGCUCUUCGGACAAGCCUGACAAGGCCAAGCCCCGGCAGAGGCUCAGCAAGAAGGCGGCAUCCACGGCCAACCUGCUCGCGCGCUGCAGCAGCCUGGAGAACCGGGUGAAGGAUCCGACCCUGAGCCCAGGUCCCCUGGGCUCCCGGCGCGGGAACUACAAUCUGGAGGGCCGGUCAAUCAAGAUGUUCCUGCGGGGCCGGCCCAUCACCAUGUACAUCCCGUCGGGCGUCCCUCACUACGAGGGGCUGCGGGCCGAGCUGCCCCCUGAGCGCCUGCAGCUGGAGUGGGUCUAUGGGUACCGGGGCCGGGACGGGCGCUCCAACCUGCACGUGCUGGGCUCAGGGGAGCUGGUCUACUUCGUGGCCUGUGCCGUGGUACUGCUGGACCUGAGUGCCCGGCGCCAGCGCCACUACUUGCGCCACACCGACUGCGUGGGGGGCCUGGCAGUGCAUCCGGACCGCGUGCGUGUGGCCACGGGGCAGGCGGCCGGCGUGGACAAGGAUGGCAAGCCGCUGCAGCCCCUGGUGCACAUCUGGGACUCGUCCUCGCUCCUGCUGCUACAGCAGCUCGGCUCCGGCAGCUUUGAGCGUGGUGUCGGCUCCCUCGCCUUCUCCAUCGCCGAGCAGGGCACCUUCCUGUGCGUGGUGGAUGACUCCAAUGAGCACAUGAUGUCGGUCUGGGAUUGGGCUCGCGGCACCAAGCAGGCCGAGAUCAAGAGCACAAAUGAGUCGGUUCUGACAGUGGAGUUCGACCCGCGAGACAGCAGCCGCAUCAUCACCGGGGGCAAAUCCCACGUCUACUUCUGGACCUGGAGCGGAGCCAGCCUCAGCAAGAAGCAGGGCAUCUUUGGGGUAUGUGGCCUGGGGGUGGGACAGCGGGACCCAGAGACGUAUCAAAUCGGGCGACAGACCCACGCACACGAGGGCAGCGUCUUCGCACUGUGUCUGCGCCGUGACGGCUCUGUGCUGAGCGGGGGGGGCAAGGACCGGCGCCUCGUGCACUGGAGCCCCGAGCUCAGCCUGCUGCAGGAGGCCGAGCUGCCUGAGCGGUUUGGGGCCGUGCGCACCAUCGCAGAAGGUGCCGGGGGGGAGCUGCUGGUGGGGACGACACGCAACGCGGUGCUGCGGGGGGGGCUGGCCCAGGGCUUCGUCCCCAUUGUCCAGGGGCACACAGAUGAACUGUGGGGCCUGGCCACGCACCCGCGGCUCUGCGUCUUCCUCACCUGCGGCCACGACCGACAGCUCUGCCUAUGGGACGGCGCUGCCCACAGCCUGGCCUGGAGCCUGCUCCUCGAGGACACAGGGCUGUGCGCUGACUUCCACCCCAGCGGGCAGGUGGCGGCCGUGGGACUCAACACUGGACGGUGGCUGGUGCUGGACACGGAGACGCAGGUGGGGGGCUUUCCGUGGGAUGGAGGCUGGGGGUUGGAGGGGUCUCCAUGCGGCCUGGGGGAUGGGGUAGCUGCAGGGUGGGUUGUAUGGGUCUGGGGUCCCCAUGGGGUGAGGGGGCUGGAAGUGGGUUGCAUGGGGCUGAGGAGCUUCCAAGGGGGCUGGAGGGAGUCAGGCUGUGUAUCCCCCCCACACCCCUUCCAUACCCCCCCAGGGGACGUGGCUGGGAGCUGCAAGCUGCUGCGUAACCGGUUCGAGAGCCGGGACCGGGAGUGGGCAACGUACACCUGCGUGCUCGGAUUCCACGUCUUCGGCGUGUGGCCGGAUGGCUCGGACGGCACUGACAUCAACUCCCUGUGCCGGUCGCACAGCGAGCGCGUGGUGGCCGUGGCCGAUGACUUCUGCAAGGUGCAUCUCUUCCAGUACCCCUGCUCCCCCCCACAGGCCCCCAGCCACAUGUAUGGCGGCCACGGCAGCCACGUGACCAACGUGCGCUUCACCCACGACGACGGGCACCUGGUCUCGCUGGGGGGCAAGGACACCAGCAUCUUCCAGUGGCGGGUGCUGAGCGGGGGGGGCGCCGUGCCCCCCCGCAGCCGCUCCUUCUCCUCCACCUCCCUCUCCUUCCAGGAGGCUGGGGGGGGGCCCUGAGUGCCCCCCCACCCCCAGCCAGCUGCGGCACUAACUCACGCUAACGAUGCGACCUGCUUCAUUAACCAUAAUUCCCCCAGGGCAGAGCAGGAGGGGGAGGCAGGCAGUGCCAAAGCAGGGAGGGGCCAAGCGCCCCCUCCCUCCUCCGCGGGACCAAGUCGGGGGGGGGCAGGAUGCGGCCCCCCCACCUUCGUUUACAUUCCCGGCUGCUCCAAGCCGCUCUCGACACUGUGACAGGCCCAAAUAAAGCCUUGGCAUCA